UCCCCUUCAGUUACCUACCCCAAGGAGCAAACCGAGCCGGGAGAGGUGGGGGAGACACAGACGCAGCAGAGCUCCACCCGAGGGGAGAAAGAAAGCUCCGACCUCGCUCCCGCCUGCCUGCCUGCCUGCCGUCCCAAGCCAAGAUUCUCUCGUUGCAUCGGCGUAAAUGUAACUCCCCUGCUCCCUCCAUCCCUCAUCCAUCAGAAAUCUGGAGUCGUGCGCUUCUUCUUCUUCUCCUUCCUACGUGCGCGUCGUUUCCUUUGGUUUCUCUUUCUUGGAUCUGCCUCGGCGAGGGAUUAAGCGGGGGAUAACAAGACCGCCAUUCGAACGCGAGCUGGUGCCCAAGGAGUUGAUUUUGGAGGAGAAAAUGUCUGUGAUCCAUGCCGACGACAUCGAGAUAUCGCUGUGCGACGGCAACUCGGAGGACGAGCGCCGACGCCGCAAGAUAGGGUCGCUGCGCCGCAAGGCCAUCCACGCGCUCAAGAAGCGCGGCAGGCGUCGCGUCGACUUCCGCUUCCCUCCGGCCAUCUCCAUCGAGGACGUCCGAGACGCCGAGGAGGAGCGCGCCGUCUCCGCCUUCCGUGAGCGCCUGGCCGCGCACGGCCUCCUCCCCGACAAGCACGACGACUACCACAUGAUGCUAAGGUUCUUGAAGGCGAGGAAGUUCGACGCCGAGAAGGCAAUGCAGAUGUGGGCAGACAUGCUGCGAUGGAGGAAAGAGUUUGGGGCCGACACGAUCCUUGAGGAUUUUGAGUUUGAUGAACUGGACGAGGUGCUGUGCUACUACCCUCAGGGCUACCAUGGUGUCGACCGAGAAGGCCGGCCCGUGUACAUCGAGAGGCUCGGCAAGGUCGACCCUAACAAGCUCAUGCAGAUCACCUCCGUGGACAGGUACAUCAAGUACCAUGUGCAGGAGUUUGAGAGGGCCUUCAGAGAGAAGUUCCCUGCCUGCACAUUGGCUGCCAAGAGGCACAUUGACUCCACCACCACCAUCUUGGAUGUCCAGGGUGUGGGUUUUAAGAAUUUCUCCAAGACUGCAAGGGAGCUAGUACACCGCAUGCAGAAGAUCGACAGCGACUAUUAUCCUGAGACGUUGCAUCAAAUGUUUGUUGUAAAUGCGGGCAGUGGAUUCAAGUUGAUCUGGAACAGUGUGAAGGGCUUCCUUGACCCAAAAACUUCAUCCAAGAUUCAUGUUCUUGGUUCGAACUAUCAGAGUAGACUUCUUGAAGUAAUUGACGCAAGUGAGUUGCCAGAGUUCCUCGGUGGUUCAUGCACCUGUAUUGACAAGGGAGGUUGUCUUGGGUCUAACAAGGGGCCAUGGAAUGACCCUUAUAUCUUGAAGCUGAUACACAAUCUGGAAGCUGGUUCUGUGAGGGAUAUCAAGCCAGUUUCUGAAGGCGAAGAAAGAAGUGAUUCUUCUCUUAGACUGGAACAGUUGAAGUGGCAAGGCAUGAUGAGUGAUGCAUCAAAUGCUGAAUCAGGGUCGGAUGUUGAUGACUUUGGAUCCUCAUUUAUUCCGAAAGGUGCUGAGUAUGGGUCCCUCACUCCAGUCCAUGAGGAAGUAAAGGGCAUAGAUUCAACUUACUAUGUCUGUUACGAACAGAGUUCCCUGGAAACGUCUCUUGAAACUGGUAGGAGGCAGCGGCGAACAACUGAAAUCAUGCCAAAACAACUAGCUGAUAACCGUCAAUUUUCCACCAAUGGAAGCCCUCGUGAUUUAGUGAGCAAUGCUGGCAAACUGGAUGGUUCAAUGGUCCGAUGGGGUUUUGAGAAUCUUGUCAAAGUUGUGACAGCUUUGAUCAAGCUAUUCUCCUUUUUCCGGCUUUUCAUCUCUAGUAGAACAGUGAGGAGGCUUGAAAACGCCCACCCUUCCAUUAUGCCAGUCCCAGCCGCAGAGAAGCCACAGCCCCGGACCAUCAGUGCGGAUGAUAUGAGUGCUUGCUUACGGCGCAUUGAAAAUCUUGAAUCUGUUUGCAAUCAUCUUGCAAGCAAGCCACCAGAGAUGCCCGAGGACAAAGAGAAACAAUUACUAAACUCGUUGGAGCGCAUCAGAUCCAUCGAGGCUGACCUGGAGAGGACCAAAAGAGCACUGCAAGUGACGGUGGCGAAGCAGAAUUCGUUGGUGGAGACUCUGGAAGCUGUACAGGAGUCGUCGAGAGUGAAGAGGAGGUUGUUCUGCUCAUAGGACGAUCUGAUCUGCUCGGAUCCGAGGCACCAACCAUAUCGACAUUAACAGUGAAGCUGCCAGCGCCAUUUUUGACCACCCCGUCCGGCUCGAGAGAAGAACGAAAGAGAAGAUACCAUACGACGAUGCUCGUCGCUUCCUUUCGGAACCUCAUCAGAUCUCUAAUUUUUUUGGUUAUUAUUAGUUCAUAUUUUGAGCCCCCCACUAGCCCCUCCUCCGUUCCUUUGCCUGGUGGUGAACGCCGUGCAGCAGCGCAAUGUGCUAUGCUUUUUGUUGGCCGAAAGUGUAUGAUGAAUACUCUGCUGCGGCUGCCUUGUGCGGGAAUCGAAUCCAUCGAGGUUUGACCGACUGACCCCAAAGAACAGCGGGUGUCAGGCUUUGCCGCUGAA